UUCCUUUUAUCACGUUCACGCCGGACGAGAGAAAGCAUCCUCACAGACGGAGCGAAUGUAAUAUAUGCAAAGGCGGAGGCCGCUACACACCAGACAGAGCAUCAGUUGUCAGGAGACUGGGCUGAGAGAUAGAUACUAACUGUUAUCAGCCUGCAGGGUCCGGUAGAUUACACUCAAUAAGUCGAUUCACUUCAACAGAGAACGCCUUUUGCUCCAACCGAACUUCUUACCUGACAGGAAGUGAUUUGUGUGUCUGAGAAGGUGAUCAAAGAAGACCCAGUUUUGCAGACGGAUUUCAUAUAAGACCUCUUGUUGAGGAUCCGCAGUCACUCUUGUAAGUGUUACUCGGAGCGCAGGGUCAUGACUGUUUGGAGCAACACGUGUAUAUCGUGUAUAUAACAGCACUGACAGAAGUAACAUGGAAGGAUUUGAGCAAUUCUGCGGAGGAGAGUUUUGGAACGAUACUCUCAUCAUCGACAACACGUGGCCUCAGUUCACGGACUGCUUUAUGCACACGGCACUAAUAUGGGUGCCGUGCGGAUUCUUGUGGCUGCUGCUUCCUGUGUACAUAUCAUCCGUGCAUGAACACGCCACCAAUGUGUCCAACCCAAUGACAUGUGUCAGCAUGACAAGGCUGUUCUGCUGCAUCGCUCUGGUCCUCCUGUCCUUUGUGACGCUCAUCCUGAGGACUGAUGGGAAGGCUUCCAGCAGAUCCUUAGCUGCUUUUCUUGGUGAUGGCAUCGACAUUGCCACAUAUGUGGUCAUGGGCGUGUUGAGUCAGUACGAGAGAAUCAAGGGAGCCCAGCCGCGUGCAGUGGCCUUCUUCUUCUGGCUUCUGUCCUCCCUUUGCGCUGUCGUCCCAUUCUACACGAUGAUCGUCCAGAAAACGUACGAAGACGACUUGUUGAGCUUCGUCGUCUUGACCUUAAGUUUAGUUCUCAGGAUUCUGGGCCUGGUGCUGACAGGGUUCAACGACACCCAGGGUGGAUCCGAGUACAAAAGAGUCGGUCCAAUGCCAUGUCCAGAAACCACGUGUUCCUUCCCAUCAUACCUCUUCUACUGGUGGAUGACAAGUCUUGUAAUUAAGGGAUAUAAAAAGGACCUAGAGGAAAAUGAGCUGUGGGAGUUGCCACCUCAAGAUCAAACAACCACCCAGGUGCCAAAGUUCGAAAAAAUGUGGAAAGAGGAGCAGAGGAGAUGCGCCCUCAUCAACAGUAUACUCAGCACUCUUCAACAAAAAAGAAAGUUUCAGCCUGGAGCAGAUAAACUGGACUUGACAUCCGUGGAGCCUGUACACAACGGGGUGGCCGACAUGAAUGGGGCGACAUCCCAAGCGACCGAGAAAACGUCUUUGCUGGCGAAGCAGACCCCGGGUGGCGGGUACUCCACGAACCUGACCCCACCUGAGGGCAAAGACAGAAAAUACCCGAGUCUCCUGAGGGUAAUAGUCAGACUGUACGGGUGGCCAUUCAUGGUCUCCUUUGUUCAGAAGGUCAUCGCGGACUUGAUCUUCCUGUCAACCCCGCUUCUACUUGGAGUUCUGAUGAGCCUCUUGAGCGAAAGGUUGCCAGGUAAAGAGUGGCAGGCCUAUCUCGUCUCCCUCGUCAUCUUCCUCUGCAUCCCCGUCAAGUCGCUCGUUUUUGCACACUCCAUGUUCCGGUCUUCCCGCAUCGGCAUCCAGAUCAAGUCCACCUUCGUCAGCGCGGUCUACAACAAGGCGCUGACGAUGAACAACGCAGCUCGCAACGCCGCCACGGUGGGCGAGAUCGUCAACCUCAUGUCAGUCGACGCGCAGAGGAUCCAGGAUCUCUUCAACAUCUUCUUCUUCGCCAUGACAACGCCUAUACAGAUCAUUGUUUCCAUAGUGCUUCUGUACCUGACGAUCGGACCCUCCAUAAUUGUCGGUGUGAUUCUCCUGGCGUGCCUCAUCCCUCUCAACUCUUACGUGGCUUCCAAGCAGCGGACAUUGCAGAACAACUGCCUAAAGUUUAAGGACACUCGCAUCCGGAUGUUUAACGAGAUACUAAACGGCAUCAAGGUGUUGAAGCUGUACGCGUGGGAACCUUCCUUCCGAGAGAAAAUACGAAGCGUGCGGGCGAAGGAGGUGGGCAUCUUGCUGAAGCUGGCCUUCCUCAACACCAUCAUGAGCCUCAGCUGGGACAUGGCACCCUACCUGGUGACCUUAGUGACCUUUGCAACCUACGUGCUGUGGGACCGGAACAGCUAUCUGGACCCCGGCAAGGCCUUUGUGUCCCUGUCACUGUUCAACCUGCUGAGACCCCCGCUCACCUUGAUUUCCUCCAUGAUCAUGUACACUAUUCAGGCUCAAGUGUCAAUCAAACGGAUCAAUCGCUUUCUCGUCUCGGAUGACUUGGAUCCAAAUGCUGUCAACCGUGAUGAUUCUGCAGAAAAGCCAAUCUCAGUCCAGAAUGGAACAUUUACUGGGAUAGAAACUCCACCGUCCCUCACGAACAUCAACCUGGAGGUUGAAGACGGGAUGCUGGUGGCUGUUGUCGGUCCUGUGGGCUGCGGAAAAUCUUCGCUGAUCAGCGCGAUACUGGGGGAGAUGGAGGUCCUGAAAGGCACAGUGACAACGAGAGGAACUAAUGGCCUACGUCCCCAGCAAGCGUGGAUCCAAAAUGCAACACUACGUGACAACGUUCUGUUCGGAAAACCUUACGACCGUUCGAAAUAUAAUCACGUGCUAGAAGCGUGCGAGCUCGAGCGUGACCUGACCAUCCUGUCUGCCGGAGACAUGACAGAAAUAGGAGAGAAGGGGAUAAACCUGAGUGGCGGACAAAAGCAGCGCGUGAGUCUGGCACGUGCCGUGUACAGUGAGCGAGAUGUCUACCUCUUUGAUGACCCACUCAGUGCCGUGGACUCCCACGUGGGCAAAGCUAUUUUCAAGAAAGUCAUUGGACCCACGGGUCUACUGCAAGGAAAGACUCGCAUCCUGGUGACGCACGGCGUGCACUGGCUGCCCAUGGUGGACGAGAUCAUCGUGAUGCAGGACGGGAAGAUUUCAGAACGAGGCAGCUAUGAAGCGCUGCUCUCACACAACGGACCGUUCGCCCAGUUCCUAAAAACCUUUCUCACGGAGGUCGCGGAGGAAAGCACUGAUGAUGGGGACAAUGAUCCUCAAGUUCGAGAGAUUCUUGAGCGUAUCCGCGAAAAGGUUGAGAAUGUCACCUCCGACGGAGCCUCCUCUGGGGAGGAACUGUAUGAUGUCAGACGACGACGACGACGCAGUACGCUCAGAUCAGAUGUAGAUGAUCGGCAACAUUCCAGAAAGAUGAGUCGCCGGGAACUCGACGAGUCGACAGCGAUCUCCAUCGUCCCGAACAAAGAUGCGGAGAUCGCAGGUUCGGUCAUCGGCAAGCUGACCACAGUGGAGGCCUUGGAGACAGGGAAGGUCAAAAGGGAAGUGUUCGGCGUGUAUGGAAGGGCAGCCGGGAUGCUGGCUAUGUUCACUGCAUUCUUCAGCUUCUGCAUCUUCCAAGCCUUCAGUGUAGCGGCUAACUUCUGGCUGAACAACUGGACAGGGAUCCGAACCUUCUCACUCUUCCUGCUCGUCUUCAACUACUUCUACUGGACUCGAAUGGCGGAAGCUGCGCGCACGCUGCACGCGAACUUUGCUGAUCGGGUCCUCCGGCCCAUGGCCUUCUUCGACACCACACCCAUCGGUCGCAUCCUCAACCGGGCGUCACGUGAUGUCGAGACGGUGGACAACAACCUCCCGAUGAUCGUCCGCGACUUCGUGGUGACUUUCGCUAUCGUGCUGCUGACACUGGUCGUGGUGAUGAUUCAGACCCCGAUGUCCGGAGUCAUCCUCCUUCCUGUCCUCGUGCUGUAUUAUUUCGUCCAGGGAUUCUACGUUCCGUCGGCGAGACAGUUAAAGCGGUUGGAGGCGGUGACGCGGUCGCCCAUCUACACGUUGUUCAGCGAAACACUCAACGGCGCCGCCUCCAUCCGGGCCUACUCCGUCUCCAGCAAGUUUAUGGAGGAGUGCAAACGCAGGGUGGACCACAACCAGGUGUUCUUCUUCGCCUUCCAGGCUGCCGUCAGGUGGCUCCAGUGGAACCUGGACAUUCUCGCUGGUAUUGUUGUGUUUGCAUCGGCUGUGUUCUCCAUCAUCGCUAUCGACAAGGACGCAGGUGAUGCCGGCUUGUCUGUCUCCUACGCUCUUCAGGUGUCAGGAACACUCACGUGGAUGACGAGGCAGAUUUGUGAGUUUGAGACCAACAUCGUGUCUGUAGAGCGACUGAAGGAGUACUCAGAGCUCGAGAAGGAGGCUGAGUGGGUGUUACCAGAUAAACGACCUCCCCCCUCAUGGCCAGAAAAGGCCGAGGUCAUUUUUGAAAAUUAUCGGACUCGAUACCGCCCAGGCCUUGAGCUGGUACUGAAGGGAGUUAACUGCUCCAUAAAACACGGAGAGAAGGUGGGGAUUGUCGGAAGGACAGGGGCAGGGAAGUCAUCGCUGACCCUGGCGUUGUUCCGCCUGAUAGAAGCAGCAGGAGGAGCUAUCUGGAUUGAUAAUGUCAACAUUGCAGACAUGGGACUGCACGAUCUUCGUCAAAAACUCACCAUCCUUCCUCAGGAUCCCGUGUUGUUCUCUGGAACUCUACGAAUGAACCUUGACCCCUUUGAUGAGUACGACGAUGACCAGUUGUGGACUGCACUAGAGAGAGCUCACCUCAAGAACGCAGUCACUCAGAUGAAUGGAGACCUUCAGUACGAAGUCGGAGAAGAAGGAGCAAACCUCAGUGUUGGACAGCGCCAGUUGGUCUGCCUGGCCAGAACUCUGCUGAGACCGACUAAGAUCCUGGUGCUGGACGAGGCGACAGCUGCUGUUGACAUGGAGACGGACGUCCUCAUCCAGAACACCAUCCGUUCUGCUUUCAGCACCUGCACAGUCAUCACAAUUGCGCACAGACUCAACACCAUCAUGGAUUAUGACAGAAUCAUGGUAAUGGAUGCUGGAGUGGUCCAAGAAUUUUCCAAGCCAGGCGACCUCCUGGCGGAUAAGACAUCCCUCUUCUACGGGAUGGCCAAAGAUGCGGGACUUGUCUGAUCUGAUUUCAUCUCACCAUUUCUAUGAAUGCUUUAUUUUUAAUCUUGUUUUGUUUUUUGUUUUGGUUAUUAUUAUUAUUAUUAUUAUUAUUAUUAUUAUUAUUAUUAUUAUUUCUUUUUAUUUUAUGUAUUUCAUGUCUUGUCUUGUUUUUCUCACAUUCCUAUAAGAUCUCUGACAUUUUAUAAUGUUUGUAGCUCGGUUACUGGCUACAUUAUUGGCUAGGCUGACAAGUUGGGAAAAUGUUCCGUCAAAACAAUUUUAGUCAGAUGAUGUUCAAAGAGUAAAUGAUGAAUGUAUUUUCAGUAUGAGAUAAAUGAAGUGUUCACAUAGAAAGGAAGCUAGCAGUGCUCACCAACUACAUUCCAAAAACAAGAUAUAAUGAUGUAAAGCAAUAAAAAUAAUAGAUUGGUACGGAAA